ACACAUGCACAUACACACACACACACACACACACACACACACACACACACAGACACGCACAUACACACAGACAGAUACAGACACACACACACGCACGCACACACAUACACAUACACAACACAUAAUGGAGAGGGCAGGGGAGUUUGUGCAUCAGCAAGUGCAGUUGCUGCACUCGCUGCCAUCGUUUGAGGCGCUCCGGCCCAACAUCGACACCAUGCGCAUGGAUCUGGGAGAGGACGAGGAUGACGCACAGCCCAUGCCCUCCGAACAGUCCAUCAAAAAGGCCAUCAAGAAAGCAAACGACAUGGCACUGCAGAAGAUGCGGAGCGUUCACGGGCAUGUGGGGCGUCGGGAAGCCAUCGAUCAGCUCUCCGGGCUGAUGCGGCCGCAAGGGGACGUUGUCGACGCCACAAACGCGUCAGACUGGCGACAGCUGCCGAUGGAGUGGCCGAACAUGGCCGCUGUCAGCUCACAGGGCGAGGGCGAUGGCUCAUCGACGCAACAGCAGGCCAGCAGCGGCGCGACAGCCGACAGCGUGCAGCAGCGCGACGAAUACCGCCAGCUCCGCCUCAAGGCGCAACGGGAGUAUGAGGAGGUGCAACGCGUGCGCGAGCAGGUUGCGCAGACGGAGCAGCUGCUGGAGGUGGUGGAAGCCGUCGGCAGCGAUCUUGACACGGGCGCUGUCGAUGCCUUGAAGACGGCCGUCAACGGAGCAGACAAGUCGA